UUCUGUUCCUAGUAGUUUUUUCCCCCUUGUUACAGUAGAUGAAACAGUUCUGAGCAAAAUUGAAGUAGUUCUUCGUAAACUAGAUCCAGUUGUAUAUAUUGUGCUACUUUAAUUUACAAAACGAUGUUUAGGAUUCUUUUUGCUUCUGUUUCGAGAACUUUGCCGUGAUAAGUAUUUUCAUUGACAAAUUUUCAAUCUUUCAGCAUCAUUUCUUGUAAAAGACAGAAAUGCAACACCAGGUCUCAAAAAUCUCUGGCAUCAGUCCAGCAGGCCCUGAGCAGCUAUUUCUUGCAAAUGAAGUUGAUGAGCUUUGUAUACAGCUAGUUCAUAAGCAAUUUCUUGCUCUCACGACUUGCUUCAGUCCCCAAGUGCAACAGCGUUUGAAACCGUUUACAGGCAAUUGGUCUCAACCAUUGGCGUCUUUGCUUUACCAUGUAGCGUGUCUAAAACGUUCUACAAUUGGUGAAGAAACCAGCGGCAUCGUCUUAGUAAAUGAUCAUCUUCAAGUCGCAAGUUCAUUCUCUCGUCUUUUGGAAUCCAUUCUUCGACUGCUGCCAAGCUUUGUAUGUCUACCACCUUUGAAGUCAAAACUUGCGUCGAUGAUCGACGUAAUUCUUGGCUUCUUUGUGACCACUUCAUUAAAAGACAGUAUCUACGGAUUUGCAGAACGCCACUGGAAACGUAUUCAAAAGAUUCUCUUUCUAUACAAAGUUCUUAUUCUUUAUACUAAAAAGUCUUGUUCGUAUUUGACUCAAAACUUGUUACAAUUACACUACCGAACGAUUAAGAGUGUCAACACUGAAAAUGGGAAGUCUAGAAGACUCAUUUGGUCAAUCUUCUUUCUAGAAAGUGUUCGUAUAGCUUUAGAAUACUGGGGUCCACAAAGCCGCAACGAAGAAAAACAUAACACAGAGCAACUUCCCGAAGUCAGGACACCUGACAGCCCAGAAUCCUUUCCUUUUAUUCCCGAUAAGUCUAGAACUUGUGCGUUGUGUAUGGAACUUCUUCACCAACCUACCGCAACCAGUUGCGGUCAUGUUUUUUGUUGGGAUUGCAUUACGGGUUGGACAGAAAGGCAGCCAGAAUGUCCCAUGUGCAGAAACUAUACCGACCCGUCUAAGGUCGUCCUUCUGCGCUAAAACGACCCGUGUUUGUAUACCUAUAAUUAAUUAUCACGACUCCAAGUGUCGACUCUUCUAUACAAAACAUCGAGUGACUCGCUAGGACUCAGCGUGUUUUCUGGAUUAAUAGUCUUCAGCGUCUCGUAGUCUCCAUUGUUAAUUUGUCGAAGAAGAUCCUUAAUACAAAGCUUCUCAGUUUGUUCAAAGGUAAGCAACGGCAAAGAGCUUGUCAGCCGUUUCAUCUGAACGAGAGGAUAAUCAGAGAAUGCUGUAAGAAACUGCAAGCUGUCGCGAGCGAACUGAACAGCACCCCGAUUACUGAAUUGGUGAGUAUGCAUUAUAUGCAACAACCAGUCUUCCACAAUAUCAGCGAUACGGCAAACAAUUUCAAAAAACGGGGCUCCAAGAAUAAUCUCAUGAAUGGAGUUGAUAAGUCUUCUCAAUGCAAUAUCGAAACCCACAGCUUCUGGUGAAAUUGAGCCUUCAUAGCUUUUGUCACUCGGUGGCUUCUCUUGAAGCGUCCAUGUAUUUAUAGAAGCGAAACUAUCAAAUGUGGCUUCAAGGUAUUGAGUUACACGAUGCAUAAGCAGCUCGAAUGUUUGAUUACAAAGCUUGGAUAGCCUUUUUCUUAGUGGCAGGAACACAGAACUUUCCUCCGCAAGGACUUGCUUGUCUACGGGUUUCUCCAAGUUCGUUUCCUGAGACAAUAUGUAAACUUCUUCAUCUUCCAAGUCGAGAUGCCAGUCAAGCAAAAGCUUAAAUGCGCCAUACAGUUUACACAUUCGUCUCACUUCCGAAAAACUCUGCUCAGAUGUAACAUGCGCACCUCCGGGAAUGAGAGUUGUAGAGCCUUCAUGAUUCUGAUAGUACGAUUCGAGCCAGUCGACAAAUUGAAUAGACGGUUUCAAUUGAAGUGUAUGAAAAAACCCACGGCAAAACUCUUCGCAAGGUAUCAUUUCAAGAAUGGAUUUUAAAGACGCCAUUGCGUUCCGAUACAAUACGAAGGAUUUUAUGGGCACAGCAGUGUAAAGCUCUUCCACAUCAUCUCGAGCCAAUUCCCAUGCAUCUUUAGACGACUCUAUAGCAUUCAAUUGCAUUUUCACAUCAGCAGCUUCUAUAUCCAACCAGCGGGAAUAAACCAUGGGCUGCUUAAGAAGGUAUAGCGAUAAAGAAUCCUUCUGAGGGAAAUUGUACAACUGCUUCAGUUUUGUGGAAUAGUACAACGUUUCACGAAUUAGAUGCGCUAAGUGAACAUCGAGGUCCAUUAUUAGGUUUAUUUUCUCCUUCAUUAACUCUUGCAUAACCUUCAUAAACUCGUGGACAGCGAUCAUUCCCUCCGGCAUUAUCUGUUGAAACAACUGAAUAAAACUCAGAGACGAACGAAAUACUUUAAGAGCGAACUCAUAAAACCACUCCGGUUUUGAUGGAGUGUUCGUCUUCUUCUCAGUCAUAAAAUGAUACUUGAAUUGGAUGUUGAAAGGUCUGCAAAUGCAUUUCAUUAACAGCAGUAGAUUCUCUUUCUCGUCUGUUGGGUCGGCAACACAUAGAAGGGAUGCUUUCCGGAGCAAUUCAUCUAUGGUUUCUUUCGACAGGGAUUUGACAUUCGUAUGCGGCCAAUUAAGUUGUUCCUUCACAAACGUAUUAAAAGCUUCCGUAUCUCGUUCGACCAGAUCAUUCAUAGUAUUAGUCAUUAAAGUUUUCGUGAGCAAGCCGAAACUUAAAGCUGUCCCUUCGGAUUCUCUAGCGGAGGCACACAAGUUAUCAACAUCACUUUUCAGAGACGCUAAUUCUGUUAUCGUAGAGGAAUUCUGGAUUCUGUUGACAACACUCUUCAAUUGGCGCAGAAACUCUAGCAUACGUUCAUCAACAGGUGCUGUUGUCACUUCCUCAUCUAUCCAAGCACUUUCUAUGCCAUCGUUUAUAUCUAUAGAAUGGUUUUUGUUUGCUUCCACCGAUAUUGUUUCAUUCACCGACGACACUUGUGAGAAAUCGAGCCGGGAUACGUCGUUAGCAAAUCUGCGGAUGUCCUCCAAAUUUCCUGAAGGAGCUGUCCACGAUUUAACAAAUACUAAGGGACUAAUUGACAUCGCGCCGCCUAACGUGCCCAUUAGUGAAUUGCUAUGUGUGUUUUAGCUGCUGCCUGUAUGCCCGAGGUGGUAGUGAGGAUCCGCGGAAGAGCCGCGGAAGACCAAAGACAAAGAUGAAGAGCAAUUAGAGAGAAACGUUAUUAGGCGUUGAAACUGCGUGAUAAUACGUCUUGCAUUAUUUUGGCAAUGCAAUUGGCAAUGUCUGUUUGAGUGCUUCGCACAGAUACACGAAUUAGCUAGAUAAUUAGUUAGUCAUACAGACGAAAUGAAGAAACACAAUAAGGAGAUCCUAAUAGCGUUCAGAGUAGUUAUACAUACGUCUUUUUCGUAGUUGGGUUCCAAUCUGAGCAAACAUCCAGGAUUGGAAUUAUUCAAUUUCACUAUACCGGCACCAACAAUGUUUGUCUUAAUUGAAUCCACAUUUGUGCAUAUACCCCAUUGCAUACCAAUGACAACCUUAAACAGUUUUACAGUUUCCAGCUUGUCCUUUGGAUUUUCAAGAGCAAAAGUAAGCUGUGCUUCACGUUCCUGGCCCAUUUGGCCCCACCGAUGAAAGAAUGUGUAUGCAUCCAAUGUAACAGGUUGCAUGAACUUUGUUAUGAUGAUAGGAAUCUUCAAAUUCACUGAAUGCAAAACUCCGGCAACGCAUGAAACGCGGACAACGGGUACUUCGAAGGCCCCCUUGGGAAGUGCUAUAGUAAUUUCCUCAAAAAUCUGUGCUUUGGGUUUCAAAACGGUUUCCGAAAAUGUAGAGGAAACUUCUAAGUUUUCACUCUUAUUCAAAAAUGAAGAGGUAAACGAAGUGAUAUCCGUAGCAGAGCGGCUACCAAAGUAAAGGAACACCGUUGCAUAUUCUUUCUUUACGCUUAUACGAACGCCGAUUUGCAGCAGUGCAUCUUGAAACAAAACGCCCUCAUUACGCCAGCAUAAACGUGCAAAACCAGGGUAACAAGCCGAAAGAUCCAACGCGUCUGUACGGAAGAUAUUUUCCGUUGACAUACUUUGGGUGCGGGCUAAAGAAUACGUAGAUAAUCUUGCCAAGUCGGUGCGCAAGGGUUGAGAUUUCUCAUCGAUUGGCGGCAUUUCAUCACAAACUGUUUUUAGAACCUCAUUUGGAAGUCGAAGAAUCAGCCGAUAUUCGCAAGCUCUUUGUUGUACUUCAGGAUCCAACAUUGUAGCAUACUUGUCGAAAAUGUUCAUUAUACGAGAUUUCAUGUCAGGAUAAGUAUUGCAAAAUUUCAGCAUGGUUGUCAACAGCAAUGCCUUUGUUGAAGUCGAAUGGGAGGUGCACAGUUUACGAUAUAUAGUAGUAUAUUGGUUUAUAGGCAAGCUUCCGGUUUCCUCAGAUAUCAAACGCCCGUAUUCACCGAUGAUAUAGCCGCCAAUCUUGAUGAGACUGUCGUAGACCGAAUCGGAUUGAAGAAGCUUGAAGAGACUUGUCACGGCGUACUUCUGAAUUUCCGGCCGCUGCAUAAUUAUGACUAUAAGCCUUUUCCAAACCUCAUCACUCACAGAAUCCCCUCCAAGUCGUAGAAGUUGCAAAUUCACGUCUACAUACCACUUGGAAUCUUUAGAGUGUGUUUCCGUUAAGACCGAAAUCUUAAGUACCAUAUCCUCACGCGUAGUAGUAUCCAGGUAGGGGAAAGUCUGCAGUAAAUCUGAAAUGAUGACCUUGGAGUUCUCGGAAUCACACAUUGCGUAUAGCAAAUCCAGACUCUUUUUACGCAUUGACACAUCUUUGUAUUUCAAAGAUGAGAGGAUUAGGUCCUUGUGCUUUUUCAAGAAAGGCAUCUUAAAACCAUUGCUGAUUAGGGAGGCGGUCAAUUGGAACGAAAGAUAACGAAUGUUUGUUUCCUUGCUGGCAAUCAUUUCACUAAGUAGCUUAGUGGUAUUUUGUGAGAGUGUCUCAUUGGGUUCGUUAAUGUAAAUGAGCCGAAUGGCGUCGAAAAGAAUGGCAUGCAAAGCAUUGGUUUGCUGGAUGUUAGAUGGUAUAACGUGAACUGAGAUGAUUCGAGCGAGAACAGUGUGAAGACUUUCCUGCAACGCCUUAUCAUCAGUAGGGGAACAUGCAAUAAGCACACGAAGUAACCGGACUUGUAGCCAUGGACACGGAACGGCAUAAUACAAAUAGUCAGGAGUGUAAGCUUGUUCAAAAACAAUGUUCUUUAACCGAUUUACGGCUUGAGAAAACAGCAUUCCAUGCAUGGCAGGUUCUUGUUUUGCAAUGGCUUCCAUGAGAGAAGCUACUGAAAGAGAAACAUCCAAAUCCUCGUCGCUCAACAUCAUAGCCAGUCUCUCAAGCCACUCUGGAUGUAUGAGAUGGGGAUAUUUACGAUAAAUGUGAAGCAUUGCAAGUGCAGCUUUCUGUCGAACAUAACUCUCGGAGGUAGGUGAACAAAGUAGUUUAUGCACAUCAACAUAAACCGCCUCACACAUCUCUUGCCCGC